AUGAAUCCAAUAAAUCGAUGUCUGGGUCUGCUCGCCUCGAUCGUGUGUCUUCUGGCCAGCAUAGCGACAGCUGCUCCACUCUCGACACUCACAACCUGCAGGACGACCACCAUCACCCCGCCGACUUCCGUGGGUUGCACGACGACCGUGGCCCUUACUCUGACAACUACCACGAUCACCAUGCCAUCGUCGACCACUACAUCUUACACAACCAUAACAGCCCCCGUCCCCACUGGCAGCACGGUGCCCGAGUACGGACAGUGCGGCGGUUUGGGAUACGCCGGGCCGACGGCCUGCGAAGACCCGUGUUCUUGUGUCUGCGGGAGCGACUGGUGGUGCCAGUGCCAAUCUUCCUCAUUCGACAAGUUCGAGCUCCAAGGCAAAGUGGACAACAUUGCGAAAGUCGAGACGACAUCCUCAGAAUUGGAUUCAAACUAUACCACUGCGACUUACUGGCUCCCGGAUUUGCGAACAACUGUGGUCGGUGUCUGA